UAUGACAGCUAGUAAUAUAGGUUAGCUCAUUAUAAACAAUACAAAGACUUGUAAAAUCUGUAGUGAGAUCUUGCUAAUGGAAAUUACAAGGAAAACGUCACUAUUAUUGAAGCUUUGACUAUGCGAAAAUUAAUCCUCUUCUUAGUUUUUCUGAAAAUAUCAGAUUGUUAUUUUGGAUCACAGGAAGAUGAUGAUUGUUUUUGUCAGUUGCAGGGAAAAAUAGAUGAUUGCACUUGUAAUGUGGACACUGUAGAUCAUUUCAAUAAUGUUAAAAUCUACCCAAGACUUCGAAGCCUUCUGCAAAAGGAUUUUUUCAGAUUCUUCAAAAUAAACUUAUUCAAAAAAUGCCCUUUCUGGCAAGACGACAGUCAGUGUGGAAUAAGAUAUUGUCAUGUUGAACCUUGUAAAGAAAAUGAAGUACCAGUAGGUUUGAAGGAAAAAGAUGAUAAAAGAUUAAAGCUUGAAAAUAAGUAUGUUAAAGAUGCUGAUUGUAAACAUGGCAUUGAUAAUAAGUUAGGAGAAAUCAACACCACAAUUAGUGAUCAAGCUCGUGAAGAUUUUGCAUUAUGGAGUGCUUAUGAUGAUGCUCAGGAAAAUUUUUGCCUUUUGGAUGAUUUUGAUGAAGAUUCAAACUAUGUAGAUUUGCUUUUGAAUCCAGAAAGGUUUACUGGUUAUAAAGGAGAUUCUGCACAUCGAAUAUGGCAAACUAUUUAUUCAGAAAAUUGCUUCAGACCAAAUGGAAAAUUCAACUCAUAUAUCCAGAGUCAUACCUUGAACAAUAUGUGCUUAGAAGAAAGAGUGUUUUAUAGAGCCAUUUCAGGUCUUCAUGCUAGUAUAAACAUACAUGUUUGUGCCAAAUACCUUUUAAGAGAGUCUAGUUUUAAGUAUCCUCAGGGUGAGUGGGGUCAAAAUCUGGAAGAAUUCCACAGAAAGUUUUCACCAGAGAUGACAAAUGGUGAAGGGCCCAGCUGGCUUCGUAACUUAUAUUUUCUAUAUCUCUUAGAACUCAGAGCUUUGCAGAAGGCAUCAUUUUAUAUGGAAAAAGAGGAAUUCUACACAGGAAAUGAUUCUGAAGAUUGGGAUACCAGAUUAGCUAUAAAAGACUUACUUAAUAUUGUCCGUAAUUUCCCCCACCAUUUUGAUGAAUCUACAAUGUUCAAAGGGCAUGUACAGGCUAAAAAGUUGAAACAAGAAUUUAAACAACAUUUUAGGAAUAUAUCAUCCAUAAUGGAUUGUGUUGGUUGUGAAAAAUGCAAACUCUGGGGGAAAUUACAGGUUCAAGGUUUGGGAACUGCACUCAAAAUUCUUUUCUCUGGAAAGUUUGAUAAAAUUGGAAUGGAUGACAAUACUUCAAAGAAAAAUUUUCAGCUUCUCAGAACAGAAAUUGUUGCUCUCUUGAACAGUAUUGGAAGGUUAUCUACAAGUAUUUAUGAAUUAGAUGAAUUUCGUUUCAUCUUACGAUGAAGGAGAAAAUAUCGCUUCCAAAUUUUGUUUGGAGUAUGGAAAGUUUCGAAGUGGAGAUGAUGUAAAAGUUCAGUUGAUUUUAUAUUGAUUUUGGAUGUGGCAGUCACAGGGAGGAUAAAACAAAGAACAGUGAAUCUAGUCACUAUUUUUGUAUUUUUGUAAAUGCAUUCAUUUUUAUGUGAAUAUCAACUAGAAAUUCUCUCAUCAUUUAUUUGAAAGUAAUCUAUGAAAUAAUAAAUGUGACAACUUUCAA